GUUUUUCUAUUAAUCAUUCAGUUUUAUUUUGAAAGUGAGUACAGGAAGUUGUGUGAGUGAUUUUCCAAACCUGUGCGCGUGUCCUCAACGUGGAUGUAACUUCUCCUCAGACAGAGUGACAUAAUCUGCUUGGAAACACUUUAAUUGGCUUCUCAGAUGGACAGAAGCUCGCCAGGUGAUGAUAAACAGAACCUGCCACUGAUGGAGAAUGCAGAAGAGAUGGAGGUCGCCAUGACAACUCAGCUAGAAAAUCUCCUUGUGACCAGAGAGGAUGCCAUACAAACGCAGGCAGAGGAAACAGAUGGGCUCCCUUCGGUGUCUCAGUGUGAGAAUGAGGACUCAAACAAGUCUGUCCACACAGACACUUCAACAUCACAUCUACCAGAGAUGAACGAUCACAACUUGCCAUCAGAAAACGAGGGGAAGGAGGUGCAGGUCACUAUGGUAACGCACGCAGAGCAUGUUUCUGUGACCCGAGACGAUGCCACACCAGCAAACACACGUACGGAGGCAGAUGAAGCGGGAGCUGUCCAAACAGCCCCAUCAGCAGUAACGCUCCCUGUGAGCUUUGUAUGUGAGGCUGGCUGUGUGGACGAGGAGUCGGAGGAUUCAGACAGUGACAGUUCUUCAUCUUCUUCCUCAUCCUCCUCUUCUUCCUCAUCCUCCUCUUCCUCCCCUGCCCCUGUGUUUGAGGAUGUUGAUGAAGGUUUCAGCCAACCAGCCCCUGUCAAAGCUAGAGAUGAAGUCUUACUUGAGGAGCUUCCAGCUGUGGAGGAAGUCAGUGUGAGCUUACCUGAGGAAGCCGCGCUGCAGCCAGCGGGAACGGUCUCCAGUAUCAUCCAGCAGCUUGUUAUUAUCCAGUCCCUGAAGAACACGCCUGCUCUGAAUGAGGACAGCAUCCUGUUCAGGUCCGACAGGGUGGCUGUGGGAAAGGUGUUUGAGGUGUUCGGCCCUGUGUGCAGUCCUUUGUACGUUUUGCGCUUCAACUCUUCAGAUCAGAUCAGCAGCAAAGGCCUGACUGAGGGAUCGACUGUUUAUUUUGCUCCAGCACUCAAAGAGUACACGGAGUACAUCCUGACGCAGCAGCUCAAACUUUUAAAAGGAUCUGAUGCUUCCUGGAAGAAUGAUGAUGAACCACCAGAAGAGGCUUUGGAUUAUAGUGAUGAUGAGAAGGAGCAGGAGGCAAAAAGAAAAAUAAGGAACAGCAAAAGGAAGGAAAAUGGCUGUGCAGAUAAAUCCAGUCAGCAGCAGAACCUCGACCGGCGGGCUUUCCAGCCCCGACACGCCAGAAACCGAGUCCGACAUCAGCACCCGAGAAAUGCGCCGCCGCCAUCCGCCCACUCCUACCCUCCACCUGGACACACGGACAUUCCUCCUGCAUACUUUCCUUCCCACUCCCCUUAUCUUCCUCAUCCUCAUCAUCAUCACCCUUUCUCUCCACCCAGCUUCCCCCUCUACCCUCCUCCUCCUCUUCCUCCAGCGUUUUUCAACCCAUCUUUCUCCCCGUCUUUCUGGCAUCCAAACUCUGUCCCCUAUGUUGACUUCCCUCCUCCUCCGCCUCCACCACCGCCACCUCAUCCCCCCUCGUCACCUCACUAACACACACACACACACACACACACAUUCCCCAAGUUGGUAGGGUGAUUUUUGUUUGUUAUAAGGAAUAUAUGAUUUACUUUCAGCAGCCUAUCAGUUUAGUGGCUGGUAGGCUGUAAAUUUUUUAUGUGUAAAUUAAUUUAAAAAAAACAGUAAAUCACUUGUAACGGAUAAUGAAGCUGUGAGCAGCUUUUUAUUUUGAUAUUUUACAUUUUUUGUUGUUUUUAUUUUUCAGAUAUAAACAUUUUUAAUUAUGCAGAACAUUUUCUUUUAGGAGUGCAUUGAUUUAUCAGCCAGCCAGUUUAUCUUUGCCGAUUUCCUUAAUUUUGAGAGAUAAGGGAUCGGCCGAUACUUGUAUAUGAAGCCAAUCUUAUCCACUAAUCUUGUGCAACGUUGCAAAGGUCAGUAAUCAACGACUUUCCUAUUCUGCUCUGCAGUGAGAGAGGUUUGACAGUCACCCCAUUGUUGCCAACUUAGCAACUUUCUUUCUCUUUUUAGCAGCAUUUCAGACAAAAAAAAUUGGCAUUGGCCAAAAUCGGAAUUGGCAGGUCAGAUGUUUGAAAGAUAGGUGAUCGGCCAGAAAACUGCAACUCAGGGGUCUGUUUUUGUAACUAAAGCAAGGGUGCAGUCCUACACCCAUGGUUUUUUUUUAUUUUUCUGCCACUUUCACCUCAUUUGCUCAUGUAAUAUGGGCUUUUGGGAAUUGAUCACCUGCAGACUGUGAAUCCUUAUGAACCAAGAUGGCACCGCUCACUGUGACUGAAAGCUUAGAGACGCACCAACCAGCUCUAAAACGACUUUAUUUGACCUUUUUUUCGUCUCUUCACACCCAAAAAAAAAAUCUGUCUAUUUCAGCUGUUCUGUACCUAAAAUUUUGUUUAGUCCGGAGAUUAAUUCAUUAUGAAGAUAAACACUCACAAAAAUGUUCACGUUUAAUUUAAUUGUACACUUUUUGCUGACGUUUAAACUCUGUUUUUAUUAUACCCAAGCAAAUAAAAGUUAUACAAUCGCAUUUUCUUCCUGGAGAUUAUUGAAAAUGAUUUGAAAUCAUUGGUUUUCAUAGUGAGCAUGAAACAACCAAACUACAACAAUAUGAAAUAACAAAGCAGGGGAGAUGGACAGCACCACUUUAAACCACAUUCACCUCCUUCAAAGUCCUGCGAAACAAAACAGAAAUACUUUCUUCCAUAGUUAGUAACUUCAUGAAAUUGUACUACAUGAACCAGAGCUAAAGGGAGCUCUUUAGUCUCAUUCAAGUAUUGUUUAUUACAGUUGGUAGAAGGACCAAUGGGGGCCAUGAACCCCUCUUGAAAAAUACUGGUCUCCUCAGAGUCAUAGUUAUGACUCUGAAGACAUAAUUGUUAAACCUAAUAAAUAAAUAAAUGCACAAAUAUAUAUAUUUUUAUUUCAUUAGGUGUGCCCCUGAAACAUUUUCCGUUUGAAAAAUUUCUGGAGGUGCCACUAACUGCAGAAUUACAAUGACAAACAAUUAGUAGGUGAAUUCUCCGUAUUUCGCAUUGUUGUUCAUUUUAGAUGCUUCUUGUUGAACAUUUCAGAUUAAUGAACAGACCAAAGCACAGGCGCUGUAAUAUUUUUCAAAAGCAAAUAAGACUUUGUGAAACUAGUGAACUCAGUAUUUGUUGAUCAUCUGGAAUCCUAAAAACUUCAGUCACAUUAUCUAUUGUAAUCUUUUACACUCAGCUUGUAAACAGGACAUUAUUUUUCAAAUCCUCAAGGGGAAAAAAGUGUGUAAUACUGUGUUUUUGUAACUAAACUAAUCCGUUCAUGUCAUCCUUAAACCUCAGGAGACUUUUUGAGUUAGUUAGACUUUUUGUUCCCCAUCAGGGUAGCACCAUGUCUUCAUUCACAUUUUUUUCUACUGAUUUCAAUGUAGUUACUGUCUUUGUUGUUCUGCACUUGUAACUGUGAUAUAAGAAUGUGUUAAAAUGCUAAACUUUUCUUUCCCACAAGCCCUGCAGUUUGUCACUGCAGCCAUAAUUCAGUCAUUAAUCGAAUAAAAUGAUGGAAAACUGGAAUUCAAGUUAC